AUGUCAGUGUCGGCGCAACGCGCCCAAGAGCAGAAUAGCAUGGACAUCGAACAGAGGUCAUCGCAGCCGAGUCGAAGCAACAGCCAUGCAGGAUCGCCGGGGUACGAAAAAGUGCAGCCGCUGUAUGCCGCAGAGAACGGUUCCACGGAGACUGCCCCGACAGCCACCGGGCUGUUUGAUAGCUCGCACGUUGUACCGGUGUCGCAACGGCGCGGACUGCUGAGUAGGCUGGCGCUUGUGCCCGAAUUCCGGGACGCACGUCUCUAUCCCCCGCGGGUCAAAAAGCUGAUCCUGGUCAUCGUCGCCUUUGCAUGUAUUCUGGGUCCCAUGGGGACCAGCAUCAUCUAUCCUGCGAUCGGGACUAUCAUGCAGGAUUUUGGCACUUCGCGGUUUCUGGUCAGUGUGUCUGUAGGCACCUACCUCGCUGCGCUGGGCAUCUUCCCCAUCUGGUGGUCGUCGCUGGCGGACAAAAACGGCCGCCGAACAGUGUACGUGCUGUCGUUCGCGCUGCUGGUGGUGUUCAGCGUGGGCACGGCCUUCUCGCGCAACAUCGAGACAUUUAUCAUCCUGCGCAUCCUGUGUGGCGCGGCCAGCGCCAGUGUCCAGAGUGUCGGCGCGGGCACGAUUGCGGACCUGUACGUGCCCGAGGAGCGAGGGCGCAACCUGGGCUACUACUAUCUGGGCCCGCUCAUGGCGCCCCUGCUGUCGCCCAUUGUGAGCUCGCUGCUGGUCAACCGCUGGUCCUGGCGCAGCACGCAAUGGUUCAUGGUGAUCCUGGCGGCGCUGACGUUUUUGUUGCUGGUCUUCGCGCUGCCGGAGACACUGCGCACCCAGGAUAAUAAGGAGCUUGUAGCGCGCAUUCUGCGCGAGUGCCGCAAGCAAGGGUCGGCUUCGGCACCGGCUACGCCGGCUGACAGCGCCUUACCGCCGUCGCUGCACUCCACGCACGCCGACCUCGCCAGUCUGGAUAGCGCCGCGGCUGAUCUUGCCUCGCAACUGACCGACACCGUCGCGCUCUACGACGCGCAGCGCAACUUCGUCGACCUCGGUGCCCCCUCACUCAGCCGCAUCCACUCGUCGAACCCGCGCGUCGAGGGCCGCAUCCUGCAGCAGGACCGCGAGCGCUUGCGCACCGGCCUCGAGCGCGCCAUCUCGCAGCAGGCGCCGCGCCCGCAUCAGCGUCUCGCCCGCGAGCUACACUUCUACCUGUUGCGCCCGCUGCGCUCGCUCUACUUUCUCCGCUACCCGCCCGUCCUGCUGGCCGUCUUGUACAACGGCGCCUGUUUUGCCGCCGUCUACGUCGUCAACCUGACCAUCGAGUACUGCUACUCGCGCGACCCCUACAACAUGCGCCCGCUCUACCUCGGCCUGUUGUACAUCCCCAACGCGGCCACCUACAUAUUCAGCGCGAUCUACGGCGGCCGAUGGGUCGACGCGCUGCUGCGCCGCUACACGCGCCGCCACGGCGUUGGCGUGCCCGAGGCGCGCCUCUCUUGGAACGUCGCGCUGGCUGCAGCCCUCCUGCCGCUGUCGCUGCUGGCUAUCGGCUGGCCGCUGCACUGCAAGGCCCCGUGGCCAGUCCCGCUCAUUGGCACUGCUUUUUUCGGCUUAGCCGCCAUGCUCAUCAUCGGCGCCAUCACCGCCUACCUCGUCGACUCACUGCCUGCCCGUGGAGCCACCGGCGUCGCCCUCAACAACCUCAUCCGCAUGCUUCUGGCCGCGGUCUGCGUGUUUGUGUUGGACGCCAUGCUCCACAGAAUGGGUCCUGGGUGGACCAUGACUCUGUUUGCGGCGCUACUCGUCUGCAGUGGACUGCCGCUGUACAUACUGAAACGCAAGAGCAGCUACUGGCGAGAGCACUACGAUCUCCAGCAUCUCUACGAUCGGGUGGGCUGA